GUGGCGCACUGCAUUUCGUGUAUGUUAUGGAUUAUGAAGACGACGUAGACACAUUUGACCCCAGCAUUCCUGAGGAGGGUCCGUCUGCUCCGCCCCCUGGCUGGCUGGACAAUGUGACAGGUUAUGAGGAGCACAAAGGUGGAGAGUGCACGGAUCAAAUUUGUCCCCCUCCACCAGACUUUGUCCCUCAGCCUGAAACUGAAAAGAAUGCUUUCGUUUCAAAUGUUAUGCUGCCCAGUGUCUCAGAAGAUGCAGCCAGAGAUGCUUUACUGCAGUUUGUGGGUAAAAAGUGGACAUAUAGCAGCAAGCCUGCCAAAAAUCUGAUCAUUAAAGACAUGAAACCUUUUACAGUUUACCGUUACCGUUUGGAAACAUUUACAGAGUCCAGAUCAAGUGUUUGGGAAUCAGAGCCACACACAGGUCAGUGUGUGGAUGGGCCUGAGAAUGGAGCGAGUCCUCCACCGUGGCAGGUCCAGGUGUCCUAUCCACCCAAAUUCACUGAUGUUCUUCAGAAAGUCAGGGUGCCACACUCCUCUUUUGUUAAGCCUUGUUACCGCUGUCAAGGUAACGGCCGAGUCAGGUGCACUCACUGCCGUGGUAAAGGAUGGACUCGUUGUAUGUUUUGUCACGGCUCUGGUCACGGUCGCCACCGACGGUGCAGGAACUGUCACGGUGGAGGAAGAAAAAGGUGUGUCUCUUGUCACAGAAAGGGUCACAAAAUCUGUGUAACGUGUACUGGCCACAGAAACCUCGUGCAUUUCAUACGACUCACUGUCACAUGGAAAAACCAGGUGUCUGAGUUCAUACCUGACCGUGUGCCUGAAUUCCCACUAAAGAAGUUUGACAAGGGGUCUGGGGAAGCGUUCUUUGUAGAUGAUAACCUCCUGGUCUAUCCGGUAGAUGGGUUCCCCGACCAGGACAUCUGUGAGGCUUCAAAAAGGACAAUUCAGAGUCACCUUCUCAAAUAUUCUGCUGUUAGCCGCAUCUUGCAGCAGCGACAAACAAUUGAGCUGGUUCCUCUCACUCACGUUUUCUACACGUACAAUGGGAAAGACUACGAUUACUUUGUUUUUGGUAGAGAAAACAAGGUUCACACCACCAAAUAUCCCUCAUCCUGCAGUAUUUUGUAGUCUUCUUCUGGUGACCAAACGCAUAAUGCAUAAUGGGCUACCAGCAGCACUUUUUUUUCUCUUGUCUGAGUGUGCAUCUACAUCUUUAUUGGCAAAAUAUGUUUUAUAAUUUGUUUCACUAUUUUUGCUCAUGAAAUGUGAACAUAGCAAGUCAGUAAAAUCCGUUGUAGGAUGAUUUCAACAGAUUUUUAGGAGUGUGGGGUUAUAUAUGUACAGUACCACAUUAUAUUUUUCAUAUAUAUACUUCAUGAAGUUUAAAAUAGUCAUUAUAUAUGUCAUAUACAGCAGCGGAAAAAAAUAAGAGACCGCUCUCAAAUUUAUUUUGAGUUUGUUUUAUUUACUACAGGUAUGUGUUUAUGUAAAAUGACCAUUUUUGUUUCAUU